AUGAUGCCGAGAGAAAGUGCUCGUGGGAGGUUACGGUCUCAUGAGGCAUGUCUCAAUUGCAGAAGAAAAAAGACCCGGUGUCCAGCCGAAAAGCCAUCUUGCUCAAGUUGCGUCCGUUUAAAUCAGUCAUGCCUUUAUACCUCAAUACCUCGGGGGUCUCGGGGAGGGCAAUCUGACGAUAGACUAGCUUUCCUUGAAGAGAAGGUGAAUCUCAUCCUUAGUGGUACCCGGCCGACUCAAGAACUUCGGCCAGAAAAGACUCAUGAGGGAAUCAAUGGAAUCAAUGGAAUCUCUGAUCCCUACCCAAACACUACACGUCUAUCAUCCAAUGAACCAACUACAGUCAAUGACCCAUUUUUCCUCGGUUUUGGAUAUGAUGAUUCAAAUUCCCAUCCAUCAUCAUCCGCGAUUGCCAAAUCUAUAGAUCUUUAUUUUGAAUACUGCCACCGACAACCUAUCUGGUGUUUUGACCGUAAUGAAGUCUCGGACCCGGGCUGUCUGUCGGAGGAGCUUGUUUGCUGUCUGCUUGCCUUGACUUCACGAUUUUCAAGAGAUCGUGAUCAUUUACAACAUUACGGUGACAGUGCCAGAAGCUUGAUUAUGCUCCGUAUGGCGAACGGCACAGUCGAGCUUGAAACUAUCGAGAGUCUUUGUCUGCUAUCAUACUCGUCUUUCCUAGACGGAAAUAUACAUCUCGGUCGUUUUCACCUUGGCCUUGCUCUACAUCUUUGUAGAUCGGCGACGUUGGAUUUAGAAUCGACCUAUGUCGGCGAAGGUUCCGCCAUUGAACGAAAGAAGCGUCUUUUCUGGAGUCUGCAAUGUCUUGAACAGUCCUAUGGACAGCAAAAUGGGUUCCUGUGCAUUCCAUCAGAAAUCUUACGCACAUUUUAUGUUUCGUCCAGUAGUGACCGGGCAAGACAGGAUAUGACCGAGGCUAAUCCACCACCGCUGCCUACAGAUGAUCUCGGCUGCUCGACACCAUCGGAUUUAGGAAUUUGGAGUCUCGCUGCUCAUUUCGGCUGGGUGUGGAGCAGAGUGCGAACCUAUAUCUCAGAUUGUGCUCGGAACAGGCUGAAAGAGCCGUGGAGACACGAUUCCAUGUACUCCAUGGUCAAUUCUGAUUUGACGGAAAUUGAAAACAAACUCUCUCAGUGUCAUCGAUAUGACUCUGUCAAAUUUUACGAGCGUACGGCAGAAGAGCUGAGAAUGAACCGAGACUAUUGGACACCUUGGCUCAAAUUGCAAUUCACGUAUCAUUGCAUUUUGACUGUCCUGAACCAUCCCUUUGUUUACAUUGUUGCAUCACAAUACAACGACAACCUGGCUAUUCCUAAUGCUUUUUGGAGACGAUCCUCUGAGUUGGUUUUGCUGCAUGCCACCUGGAUUGUCAGAAUGAUAGAUAUGGUAUCGGAGAAAAAGAUGCGACUUAUCGACCCUUUCUUUGGACACGCUGCUGCCAUUGCAGCUACAGUGCACUUGUACUACUGUUGUGCCGCGGAUCCUCGGCUGAAAUACAAAUCCAAAGUCGACUUCACAAAAUGCAGAAGGUUCCUCAAAACAUUCGUGUCCUUUUCGCCUGCAUGUGAAAUUCUGGACCAAACGCUUGACAAGAUGACCCGCAUCGCCUCUGGUUCGGAAAACGUCGAUUAUGACUGGGAGCCUGAGAAAAUUCAUCUCAGUAUACCUCUGAUGUGGGACGUUCUUCAGGUCAAUUGCAAGCCCAAACCACACGAAAUUUCCACGGGUGGAUUGCUCCAUCCAUCAUUAACUCCUACUGUCUCCACGGAAGAGGCCGAUGACAGCCCAACCUCCACCCUAGAGGUGAUUGUCGCAAUGUCUCCUAACAUCACGGUAAACACUGCAGACGGUGGUCAAACUGCACACAUGCCGCCGAAUAUGGCCCUUAGGUCUUCGGCUCAAAGUUCUCCGAAUCUGGGACUUGGUGAGAAACUAGUUGCUCCAGCUGACAGUCUAAUGACCAACACACCCUGGCUAUGGACUGAUCCAUCGCAAUUUGUUGAUCUGGAGAACAAUGUGGGAUACCCAGACUCGGAAUCUAAUUUCGGCAACAUUGAAGGGUUUUCAACAUGGUGGGAUUUUGGAAAUUUAUAG